GGAUAUCACGGCAUACUUCACUUGGGGAUGGGAGCAUACCAAAAAAUAAUGUUGGAGAACGAUGUUUUUACCUGUUUUAUUUUCUAUAGUGUUCUCUUGAUAAUCAAGAUGUACAUUAUAGCAAUCAUCACUGGGCAAGUUAGGCUGCGUAAAAAGGUCUUCGCAAACCCAGAAGACGCGCUGAGACACGGUGGCGUCCAGUACUGCAGAGAGGAUCCUUAUGUUGAGCGGUGCAGGAGGGCUCACCGUAAUGACAUGGAGAAUAUUUUCCCCUUCCUGUUCCUGGGGGCUGUCUACUCCCUGACUGGUCCAUCGCUGGCAGUGGCCCGCGUUCACUUCCUGGUUUUCUUCUUAUUCCGCGUGGUCCACACAGUGGCGUAUCUGUGCGCACUGCAGGCACCCACGCGCUCUGUUGCCUAUGUCAUCGCCCAGGUGCCAUGCGUCUCCAUGGCAAUGCAGGUCCUCGCAGCGGUGGCCUAAUUCGUGCGAUGAUUUACACCUCUCUGUAGAGGUGUCAAGGCUCUGUCGGUCUGUGACGUAUCUCAGCAAAUGACUGGGGUAUUGGUUUUCAUUCAAGGAAAAUGAUAUAAGCAAAUUCACCAUUAUGAGUCCCGCUAUGGCAGUUUGUGUCAAUGGUAUUUUCUUUUAAUUUGAUGUGACAGUUUCACCCCGUUUUUUCCAACUCUCCCCGGGAAUGUCCAAGAGCGGAUGUGUCGCCCAAAGGCGCUGCUUUUCAAACUGCUCUAGGAAGUUAGAGGAAUCAGUGAGUGGGAGGACGUGUUUCUCUUACUAAAGGAUGGAUUUUAUUGUUUGGAUUGAAAUGAAGAGUGUGCUGUCCAAUAUGCUCUCUGGACCAAUAUGGAACCCUGGCUGAAGUGGACACAGUAAUGAGGGCCUUAGACCGCAAUUGUGCUCCUUAUCGCUCAAUUAAAGGGGAAUUUGGCACACAUUUUAUUUUCAUAAUUUCCUCGUUAAUACUCCUUGCAUCCUAUUAAACGUUUUCAUUUCGCUUAAAGUUGCAUUAUAGCUAUUAAAAAGUCACCUAGCUGUGGCAAAUUAUAUCACUAGCCCAAUUGGGCACUGUCCAGCGGGGCUCCCUGUUAGUGGGGAUACUUCAGUGAACUGCCUUAGACCGCUGGGUCACAUGGGUAACGUCUACUCUGAAAUGAAGUCAGUGUUGUGCUUUAGAUAGCACCUGUGUGUGUAUGCUAUGCUGUUAUCAUGUUGUUCUUGCAUACACGAGUGAAGGUUUUCUGUUUCUGUAGUUCUUGUCAUUGAAGAGGUAUUGUAUUAGGAAAUGGCUUAUUAUUUACUGAAACCAGCUUCAUCCAAUCUUCGAGGUUAAACUGAAGAGCAGGAAUGUGUUAUUUUGAGGAAUGUUUACAGUGUGGUGGUCCGUGUGUUUCUUUUGCCUAUGAAUUUUUAUAUAAAGUAAAUUUUGUUGAAAGUUGAAAUGGAUGUGAAUGGAGUGUCAUGAGACAGUAAAGCUCAUUUUUC